AUGACGGCCAAGGGCAACUUCAGCGGGGAGGCAGUAGGAUCUGGAGCAAUCGGCCGUCGAGACCUGUGGCUGGCCGUGGCUCCAGAGCCACAAGCCCAGGUCGGCGACACAAGAGGCACAAAUCGGGUCCGGUCGUCGCUGCAGCACGGAGUCAGCCCCCUCCUCUUCCCCCUCCUGGCUGUGGGCCGGGAACCAGGAUGCCAGGCUCAGGAGUUCGUCAUCCUGGGCUUCUCGGGGUGGCCCCCGGGGCUCCGAGUGCUGCUCUUCGCGCUCCUCCUGCCGCUCUACCUGGCCACCCUGGCGGGGAACCUGCUCAUCCUGGGCCUGGCCCUGGCCGAGCCCGCCCUGCACACGCCCAUGUACUUCUUCCUGGGCGCACUGUCGGCCGUGGAGGUGGCCUACACGCUGGUGCUGACUCCGCGCAUGCUGGCCGGCUUCCUCCUGCCCCCGGGGGGCCAGGCCGUGGCCCCCGCCACCUGUGCUGCUCAGAUGGGCCUCUUCGUGGCUCUGGGGGGCUCCGAGUGCCUGCUGCUGGCGGCCAUGGCUUUGGACCGCUACCUGGCCAUCUGCCGCCCCCUCUACUACCCUCAGCUCAUGACCACAGGGCUCUGCUGGGGCCUUCUGGCCUCGUGCUGUGCAGGUGGCUCCGUCCUGGCCCUGGGCCUCACCACGACCAUAUUCCAGCUGCCCUUCUGCCGUGGCGGGCUCGUGAACCACGUCUUCUGUGACCUCCCGGCGGUGCUGGUGCUGGCCUGUGGGAACCGGGACCUGCAGGAGCGGGCGCUCUUGGCGGCCUGCCUGCUGCUGCUGGUGCUGCCCCUGGUCCUGAUCCUGCUCUCCUACACCCGGGUGCUACUGGUCAUCUUGGGCGUGGGGGGGGCUGCGGGCCGCUGCAAGGCCUUCGGCACGGUGGCGUCCCAUCUCACGGUGGCCGUGCUGCACUACGGCUGUGCCACGGCCAUGUACGCCAGACCCCUGAGCAGCCGCUCCCUGGACGAGGACAAGCUGGUCUCGCUCAUCUACGUCAACCUCACACCGCUGCUGUACCCUGCCAUCUACACGCUGCGCAACCGGGACAUGCAAGGUGCUCUGCAACGGGUGGUGGGCGCCAGGGGGCCGGUGGCGGACCCCCAGGCUGACGUCACCUGA